AAUUAUGAGAUCCACAAAAAAACACGCGACUACACAUUCAGAGAACCCAUUUAAAUUAUCUGUUGGAUAGAUUAUUGCAUAGAAAUUUAAACUAAUAGAUAAAGUUGGUUAAGGGAGUUUUGGUAUGAUAUUUAAGACAGAAAAUUUGGAGACAGGAGAUAUAUUUGCUACUAAAUUUGAGAAGAGAGAAGAGAAUUCAAAUGGAAUGAGCUUAUUAGUGAAAGAAAUAAAAGUUUUAAUAGAAGUAUAAGAAUUUGAAGGUAAUAUACUAAUCGAUAAAGGUUUUCCAUAGAUCGUAUUUUAUGGGAGAGAUGAACAUUACAAUUACUUUAUGCAAACAUAUUUAGGAUAGAAUUUAGAACAUCUUUUUAAGAAGAGUAAUUAUAAAUUUAGUAUGACAACUGUUUGCAGAAUAGGAAUAAGUUUAAUUGAUAGAUUAAAAUUAUUACAUUCAAAAAAUUUAAUUCAUAGAGAUAUGAAACCAGAUAAUAUAUGUAUAGGUUAUGAGGAUGUUGAUAAAAUUUAUUUAAUUGAUUUUGGAUUAGCUAAGUAUUAUAGAGAAUAAAAUGGAAAUCAUAUACCAUAGAUAGAUAAGAAAGGAAUUAUAGGAACAGCAAGAUAUGCUAGUUUGACAGCACAUUUAUGUAUUUUAUUGUGAAUAUGAAAUCAAAGCUAAGGAAUAAUCACGUAAAGAUGAUAUUGAGAGUUUGGGAUACGUAUUAGUCUAUUUAGCCAAAGGGAAAUUACCUUGGAUGAAUUUGAAUACCACCACAAAGUCUGAGAAGUAUUAGAAAAUUAAAGAGUUUAAAUAACAAAUAACUUUGGAAAAGCUUUGUGAAGGAUUGCCAAAAGUUUAACCUAAUUAUCAUCAUUUAAGUGUUUCUUGAA